GCGCCCGGGCCCCGCCGCUCGCCGCCCCUCGUGCCGCCGCCAUGUCGCGCUACCUGCGCCCUCCCAACACUUCGCUCUUCGUGCGGAACGUGGCCGACGACACCCGGUCUGAAGACUUGCGCCGUGAGUUUGGUCGUUAUGGGCCUAUAGUUGAUGUAUACGUUCCGCUUGACUUCUACACUCGUCGUCCCAGAGGAUUUGCUUAUGUUCAAUUUGAAGAUGUCCGCGAUGCUGAAGAUGCUCUCCAUAAUUUGGACCGAAAGUGGAUUUGUGGUCGGCAGAUAGAAAUCCAGUUUGCACAGGGCGAUCGGAAGACACCAAAUCAAAUGAAAGCCAAGGAGGGGAGAAACCUAUACAGUUCUUCUCGUUACGAUGACUAUGACAGAUACAGGCGAUCUAGGAGCCGGAGUUACGAAAGGAGACGAUCUAGAAGUCGCUCUUUUGAUUACAGCUAUAGAAGAUCAUAUAGUCCCAGAAACAGUAGACCUACUGGAAGACCUCGUCGUAGCAGAAGCCAUUCGGACAAUGAUAGGUUCAAACACCGCAAUCGAUCUUUUUCAAGAUCUAAGUCCAAUUCAAGAUCACGAUCCAAGUCACAGCCCAAGAAAGAAAUGAAGGCUAAAUCACGGUCUAGGUCUGCAUCUCACACCAAAUCUAGAGGCACUUCUAAAACAGAUUCUAAAACACACUAUAAGUCCAGCUCAAGAUAUGAAAAGGAGUCGAGAAAAAAAGAACCAGCUAGAUCCAAAUCACAGUCAAGAUCACAUUCUAGAUCUAGGUCAAAAUCCAGAUCAAGGUCUUGGACUAGUCCCAAGUCCAGUGGCCACUAAUAGUGAGUCCACGUUGGUUUUAGGCAUGUAAGACUCAUUUACACACAGUUCAGUUUACUUAAAUUAUCAGGAAUAUGAUGUUGCAACAGUGCUAAAAAAAUCUUUUCUUCGUCAGUUUUCCCUGUAGCAGACAACAAUGGUUAAAGUUUAAAACAGUGUGGAGCAGCCACUGAGACAGAGGGAGAGAGAGAGAGAAUGUCCUCUUGGUUACGUGUUAUGGGCAGCUCUGAAUUGAUUGUGGUGUCUCAAUGUAUAUUUUUGUAAAGAUUUGCAUUUUGAAUGCUUAGAUAUCGGUGAUGACUUGAUUGGUCGUAAUUUGCAACCUUGUCCUGUUCAAAAUGUCAUGCCCAUAGCAAUUGAUACCAGUUUGUACUGAACAGUUAAACCAGCUGUUUAACAUGUUCUUUAACGCUAAACGUUGUGAUGAAAUGGAAAACUGGACAGCUGUAGCGCAACACUGACUGCUGUGAAAUGCAGACUGGUAAUUUUACGUUUUCACUGUUCAGAGGCAGGUUUCUGUGUUCUCCAUGCCCAGUGACAAGUAGGUUCGUAAAUGGAGCUCUGUGGAGGGAGAUUUUUGAAAUUUCUCUGCCAUCUGGAGAGGUGGUGCUAGCGCUGCAUGUACUGCACGGGACACAGCUGGUCUUGGAAGCCUGGUCAGAGGCUGUGCAGCGUUGUGACUUGUCAGGAAAGGGGCUUCACUGCUCUUGGCCUGGCUGCUAAUACUAAAUAUGUGAGGGUUGAGGGGGGGGACCUUGAAAUGGAAAAUUAAAUUCAGAUUCCAGAAAAUGGCAGAGCAUCUAAAUAUUAGGUUGUGUGUAUAUUUUACGCAGUUUUUGUAUCUAUUCUAAAUUUUAGUGAGCAGUUAACCAUGAAAUUGCUUAGUUUUCCUGCUGUUAGAUGCAAGUAGAUUGUUUCAAGUUGUGUGUGUACAGUAUAUAAGAACUCAACUUUUAUGCCAAUGACUCCUGUGGUUAGUUGGUGUAUUCAUAGAUAUAAAACUGUAGCCAUCUCUCUUCUUGAGUAAAAAAGGCUUGCUUUUAUACAUUGAGAAAUAUUUAGUCAAGCAAGUCUGAAUCACUUCUUCCUCAGAAUGGAUAGUGGUUUGGUUACAAAAUUUCAUUUUACUUAAGAACAAGUGUUUAAAGUUGGGUAUGAACAAGAGCUGCAUCUCUAGCUAUUUAGUUUCACUAAUGCAGUGCAUUUAGUAAAUCGAAUGUGAAAAAUAACAAAACCAGUGUGUAAUCUUAACAGUAUUUCUCUAGAAGAAGGCAAGAUAUUUUGUUAUGAAAAUGGCUUUUGGCAUUGUUUUUUUUUUUUCUCUUUGUCUUAAAAAGCCAGCAUCAGACACCCGGUGUUCCAUGCUGUCUGUGUAGUGAAUGAAGACACAAAUUUCAAAAAGAUCAUCUUUAGAGAAGUGUUUUAGGGUUUGGUUUUAGUGUUCAGCAGGGCCUUUCAAGAAAUGCAAAUGGCUUUUAAAUGUUAGUGGCAGAACGUGCUUAGGGGAUUGAUUCUAGGAACCUUGGUACGUUUGAUGGUGUUCCUAACUUUUUCCUUUACUGUUUGCAGUUACUGUUCAUGUUCUGCUAUGCAAUCAUUUAUAUGCACGUUCCUUUAGUUUUGUAGACUUUCCUGGAUGUAUAGUUUAAAAACAGCAUAAAGUCUAUUUAAAACUGUAGCAGUAGUGUGCAGCUCUAGCAGAGGAAAGUUGUGGGAUUAAACUUUGUAUUUCCUUUCUUAUAGAGGCUUCUAAAAAGGUAUUUUUAUAUGUUCUUUUUAACAAAUAUUGUGUACUACCUUUAAAACAUCAAUGUUUUGAUCAAAAUAACUAAAGACCCAGCUUAUUUUCUGCUUGCUGUAAAUUUAGCAAACAUGCUGUAAUAAAAAAAAUGAAGGAAA